CUUUCCAGUGGGAACAGAGGUCCCAAACAGCUCCAGCCUGGGACGGUAGUGGUUCUCUGAAGAGGGCCCACCAGGACCUUUGGGCUUCAUCAGAGAGACUGGAGUUGCAACUCUCCAUUGAGCGCGGGCUCCAGCUGAAGUCCUAUCUGAAAUUUCCUCCUCCUUGCAAUGAGAAUAGUGGUCUUCCAAUAAACCAGAAUGAACUUCAUGGAUAUCUCCAAGAUCUUCUCUCUUCUGCAACCUGAAAAGGAGGAAGAGGACACUGACAUGGGGGAAAAACAGGCUCUCAGUCAAGCUGUGUAUGACAAUGACUCCUGUACUCUUGACCACCUUCUACACCAGGAACGUUAUAAACGGUUCAUCAACAGCAGGAGUGGCUGGGGUAUACCUGGAACACCCUUGCGUUUGGCAGCUUCUUAUGGUCACUUAAAUUGUGUGAAGGUCCUACUGGAACAUGGUGCUGAUGUUGAUAGCUUGGAUGUUAAAGCACAAACACCCCUUUUCACUGCUGUUAGUCAUGGUCAUCUGGAGUGUGUGAGAAUGCUUUUAGAAGCGGGUGCCUGUCCUAGUGGUAGCAUCUACAACAAUUGCUCUCCUGUUCUCACUGCCUCACGUGAUGGGGCUUUUGCCAUCUUACAGGAGCUCCUAGGGCAUGGUGCAGAGGCUAAUGUCAAGGCUAAACUACCAGUCUGGGCAUCAAACAUAGCUUCCUGUUCUGGCCCCCUCUAUUUGGCUGCAGUCUAUGGGCACCUCGAUUGUUUCCGCCUGCUUCUGCUCUAUGGGGCAGAUCCUGAUUACAACUGCACUGAUCAGGGCCUCUUAAGUCGUGUUCCACAGCCUCGCACACUCCUUGAAAUCUGCCUUCAUCAUAAUUGUGAGCCAGAGUACAUCCAGCUUUUAAUAGAUUUUGGAGCUAACAUCUACCUUCCAUCUCUUCCCUUGGACCCAACUUCACAAGAUGAUAAUGGCAUCAAAUUGCUGCUACAAGCCCGAGCCACUCCACGGACACUCCUGUCCCAGGCCCGUUUAGUUAUCCGCAGAUCCUUGUGUCGGGCCAACCAGCCACAAGCCAUCGACCAGCUGGAUAUUCCCCCUGUGUUGAUUAACUACCUCAAGCAUCAAUGAUAAGUUUUCAACUUUCUCAGGAACCUAAUGCAUGAUACCUCCAAAAAAUACACCUGGUAACCCAGGUUGUUUGAGAAUAAUACACCUCAUAACUUUUCUGGUUUAUUAUUCUCCACAAUAAAAUCCUUAGCAAAGUAA